GUAUUGAUGUUUGGUAGUGAUUCUUGGAUUGUUGCGUGGGUGUGUCGUUUUGUGAGAUUUUCUACAGUGUAACUGCCUAGAACAUUGUUUGCUGUAGACCUCAAUAGUAAGAAUUUCUUUUGUUUACAUAGACCACUACACCUACACGACAACCUCCAAGACAAGUGGCUGGAGAAGGAGAUGAACAGUUAGUAGAGCAGCUGAUACAACAAAUAGAACAACUGAGAAAUGAAGGUUCAGCAAAAGAUAGAGAAAUUGCUGAAAUGAGAAAACAAAAUGCAGACCUACAGACGGCAUUGAGAGAAGAGGGACUGCAGAGAGAAACUGCACUUGGUGAAGAGAGAAGAGAGAAAGAAGAGUUACAACACCGAUUACAUGAACAAGGUCAGCAAAUUGUUGAACUGAGACAACGCAAUGUAGCUCUACAACGUGCAUUGACGGACGAGCAAGUACAGAGAGAGCAUGCAGUUGAUAGAGAGAGGAGAGACAAACAAGAGCAGCAACAACGAUUAGAACGAGAGAAGAACAAUCUUGAGCAGCAACUAAAUCAAGUGCAAAGAGAAAAUGCCAACUUCGUAGAGCUGCUUGCAGAUGCUGAUGCAGCAAUGGUACGAUACAAGCAAGAAAAUGAAGUUUCCAAUAUUCCUUCUCAUGACAUUCAAUUGACUGGCACAGAACUAGGACGUGGAGCAUAUGGAGUUGUUUGUGUUGGAUAUUGGCGUGACUGUCCUGUUGCUGUCAAACUGUUGUAUGAUCAUUUGGCUGCUGUUCAACGCAACAUUCAUCUUGUUGAACAAGAAGCAUCUGUAGCAUGGAAGAUACAUCAUCCAAACAUUGCUGCUGUUUGUGGUGUCACUCUGGAGUUAGAAGAGAAGAAGGCAUGGAUUAUCAUGGAAUUACAUAGCGGCUCCAUGUCUGGUGUGAUUGAUGCAUGUCAAGGAGAUGUUGCACCUCUCACUUUACGAGAAAAAGUUGACAUGACACAUGAUUCUUUGUGUGGACUGGAUUACAUUCACUCGAGGCAACCUAGGGAAAUUCUGCAUGGUGACAUCUGUCCAAGGAACAUUCUGGUUACAGCAACAAUGAGAGCCAAACUGGGUGAUCUAGGAGCUGCUCGUUUUCGAGAUGCUUCACUUUCAGUUGGUCUGCUCAGUCCACAAUACACACCUCCUGAGAGAUUUGAUGUUCCAACUUCACCAAAAAGCUACAAAACCGACGUGUACAGUAUGGGAGUGACCAUAUGUGAGCUUUUCACUGCUAUUCCUCCAGAUCGUGAACAAAGGAUGGAUCAAGUCUUACUCAUCCGUCAGCUAAAUGUUCGUUCCUUAUGUAAGCACUUGAUGAGAGAUGAUCCUGCCACACGACCAACAGCAACAGAAGCCCGUCGUAUUAUUAGUCGUAUUCGUGAUACAGACGAGUAUAAAGCAUGUCCUCCUAAACGAAUGGUAAAGGGUAUUCACUUAGCAAUAGCAAUAUCUUUAGCUUUGAAGGAUCACAUUGUAUUUUGUUAUUUCAUUGGUUUGAUGUGUAUGACCUAG